AUGGCUUCAUAUCAUGUUCAACCCCCUGAAAACUUCACAUUUUCGAAGCCGGAAGAGUGGACUUCCUGGUUUAAACGUUUUGAGCGUUUUAGAAUUGCGUCUGAGCUACUGACGAAAGAUGAAGUUGUUCAAGUCAAUACCCUUAUUUACUCCAUGGGAGGAGAGGCGGAAAAUAUCGUGAAAUCAUUUGGAAUGAGUGCUGCCGAUAUGAAAAAGUACACCGUUGUUUCAGCUAGAUUUAACGGGUAUUUUAUCACGAGGAGAAAUACCAUAUUUGAGCGCGCCAAAUUUAACCACAGAAAACAAAACGAAGGUGAGGCGGCUGAUAGUUUUAUCACAGCAUUAUACGGACUGGUGGAGCACUGCGAAUAUGGACAACUCAGGGAUGAGAUGAUACGAGAUAGGAUCGUAGUAGGUAUACGCGAUAGUAAACUAUCAGAAAAGCUCCAACUAGAUGCUACUCUGACAUUGGAGAAAGCUGUGGCCCAGGUGAGACAAAGUGAAGCUGUAAAAAAGCAGCAAACAGUCGUCAGAGACUCUGUAGUUACUACCACCACCCCAAGUUCUAGUGUUGAUGCACUGUCAAAGAAUUCUAAGAAAGGAUAUAAACAUCAUGGCAGUAAGAGACAAUAUGAUAAGUCACACACUAGUAAGUUUCAAGGUCAAGCUAACCAGGAGUGUCAGAGAUGUGGUUUCAAACACAGAAAGGACAAAUGUCCAGCUUUUAAUGCCACGUGCAGGAAAUGUUCCAAGAAAGGACAUUUUGAGAAGAAGUGUAGAACAACUCUCAGUGAAAUUGAGCAGUACAAGGAUGAUGGAUACCAGUUUCUAGGAUCUAUCGAUGAUAGCAGUAAACCAUGGACCGUUAGUUUAUGUAUGGAUGGUCUGCCGGUUGAGUUUAAAAUAGACACUGGAGCAGACGUCACUGCCAUACCGGAAGUGACAUUCAACAAGUUAAAAGGGUUGGAGUUAGAGAAAACUUCUAAACUACUACAGGGCCCAGGAAAAAACCGAUUAAGAGUUUUGGGUAAAUUCAUGAGCACUCUCACUACAGAGAAGGGAGUACAAGCUACAACAGAAGUGUAUGUCAUCAAAACUUUGAACAGAGCAUUACUAGGUAGACCUGCUAUAGAGAAACUUAACUUGGUUAAAACAGUCGCAGACAUACAUCAACAGUCAGUCCAGAUUGAAGAGAAAAAGAAACAGUUUCCAAAGCUAUUUAGUGGACUUGGUAAGUUUCAUGGAGAAUACAAGAUUGAAUUAAGAGAGGACGCAAAGCCCUAUGCUAUUACAACGGCUAGACGGGUAGCCUUACCAUUACUCGACAAGGUGAAGGACGAACUUCAGAGAAUGGAACAGCAGGGCGUUAUUUCUCCAGUAGUGGAACCUACAGAUUGGUGUUCCGGUCUAGUGGUCGUACCUAAGAAAGAUGGGAGAGUUCGCAUAUGUGUAGACCUUACUCAGUUGAAUAAAUCAGUGCGUAGAGAACACCAUCAACUUCCAAGUGUGGAACAAACCUUACACAGUCUGACCGGUGCUAAGGUGUUUUCGAAAAUAGAUGCGAAAGCUGGAUUCUGGCAGAUUCCUCUAGAACAAACCUCAAGAUUACUGACAACAUUUAUCACACCCUUUGGACGGUAUUGCUUUAACCGCUUACCAUUUGGUAUCUCGUCAGCCCCGGAGCACUUCCAGAGACGCAUGUCACAGUUACUUGAUAGUGAGCUCGGAGUAGUGUGCCAAAUGGACGAUGUACUCAUAUUUGGUACUAAUCAAGAGGAACAUGACCAAAGACUUGAAAGCGUGUUGAAAAAACUUGAGACAGCUGGUGUCACAUUGAAUGAGGAGAAAUGUGAGUUCUCCAAACCACAGGUAACAUUCGUAGGGCACAUCAUUGACUCUACUGGGAUUCGACCAGACCCAAAGAAAGUGCAAGCCAUAUUGAAAUUUGAGGCCCCCAGCAACGUGUCUGAAGUCCGACGAUUCAUGGGUAUCGUUAAUCAACUGGGAAGAUUUUCACCCAAUAUCGCGGAAAAAUCUAAGCCUAUCAGAGACCUUCUACAAAAGGACACGACUUGGCUAUGGGGACCGCCACAAUCUUCAGCAUUCCAACAGAUCAAACAGGAAUUAAGUUCCACCCCGGUGUUGUCGCUCUAUGAUCCAGCUGCUCCUACUAAGGUAUCUGCAGACGCGUCGUCUUAUGGAUUGGGAGGCGUUCUACUUCAGAAACCGCGAGAUAACAGUGACCAGGACUGGAAACCAGUCGCUUACGCAUCUAGGGCGAUGAAUGCCACAGAACAACGAUAUGCGCAAGUUGAAAAGGAGGCUCUGGCAGCGACUUGGGCCUGUGAAAAAUUUUCAGACCUACUGGUUGGUAUGCAUUUCCAGAUCGAAACUGAUCACAAGCCUUUGGUUUCUUUGCUUGGAUCAAAGCCUUUAUCCGAACUACCACCCAGAGUUCAACGGUUUCGCAUGCGUCUCAUGCGCUAUGAUUAUGACAUCAACCAUGUCCCAGGGAAACUUUUGUACAUUGCUGAUGCUCUAUCGAGAGCCCCUUUAAGACAAUCAGAACCCCCAGAGGAGGAAUCUUUCCAUCAGGAAGUAGAAGCAUACGUCGACAGUAUACUGAUGAACGUACCGGCUUCAGAAGCACGGUUGGAGGAGAUAAGACUAAAACUCCGUGAAGAUUCUGUCUGUGGAAUCAUAUUAAGUUACUGUCAGGACGGCUGGCCUGGAUACGAAAAGCCGUCUAUCUCGGUCGCAACUAGACCCUACUGGCAAGUGAAGGACGAGUUGUCGGUCUGUCAAGGUCUGCUUCUCAGAGGAAAUCGUUUAGUCAUUCCUACGUCACUUCGCGCUGAAAUCAUGCAGAAACUACACGACGGUCAUCAGGGUAUUGUUAAGUGUAGGGAACGCGCCAAGGACUCUGUAUGGUGGCCUGGAAUGAAUCGUGAAAUCGCGGACGUUGUUAAGAACUGUACUACAUGCAUCAGAAAGAGGGCGGACAUUCCAGAACCGCUCAAACCCUCAGAAUUCCCUGAACGCCCUUGGCAGAAAUUGGGCACCGACCUUUUUCAUUGGAAAGGGUCAAACUACCUUCUCGUAGUUGAUUAUUUCUCGAGGUAUAUCGAGUUGGCGAAAUUGAGUUCGACAACAUCACCGGACAUUGUACUGCACUUACAGUCCAUGUUCGCAAGACAUGGCAUACCAGAGACACUAGUGUCCGAUAACGGACCGCAGUACGCGAGCGCUGUGUUUCAACAGUUUGCAGACAAGUAUGGAUUCAUCCACAGGACAAGCAGCCCUCAUCACCCUCAGGGCAACGGAGAAGCAGAGAGGGCUGUCCAAACGGUAAAACGUUUAUUUGGUGGUUCUAAGGAUUCGUAUCUCGCCCUGUUGGCAUAUCGCGCGACACCCCUCAGAUGUGGACACAGUCCAGCUGAGCUGUUAAUGGGUCGUAAAAUCAGAACGACUCUUCCAGAAAAUCCAAAUAAUCUGGAACCUAAGUGGCCCGACUUGACAGACUUUCGAGCCAAAGAACGCGAGCACCGCGUGUUGCAGAAGCAAAACUUUGAUAGGUCCCAAAGGGCUAAGGAACGCCCACCGCUACGCUCUGGUGAUAUGGUGUGGGUAUCUGGCCCAGGAGGAGGAUAUAGUGGUACCAUUAGAGAACCAGUGUCAGACAGGUCAUUCCUCGUAAACGGCCCCUCUGGCACAGUUAGAAGGAAUCGUCGUCACUUAAUGCUGGAACCUGAAAACCUGGAACCCGAUGAGCCAGAAGGAAUGCAUAAUUUUCCAAAUGAACAAACUGUGCUAAAAUCCUUUGCUAAAAAUUGUUCUAGUCAGAUGGUAGUUGGCACCCCGGGGAAGCCUGUUAGUGUCAGUGUGUCUAGCCCUAACGUGUCAAAGACAGUUGAGCCAAGUGUAGUUAGAACGCGCAGUGGUAGGGUUUCGAAGGUCCCACAGAAAAUGGAUAUGUAA